AUGGAACCUUUCUAUCGAGUCCAAUUAGAUGAUGAAGAAUAUUUACUUCUUCGUUCCAUCAUGUAUUCACAUUUUGUUACGAAUGGUGUUAGUAAAGAAGGACAAAAAGUUUUACUUUGUGAGGCUGAAAAAUAUUCUAAAAUAUUAAUGAAAAUGUUACAGAAUCGUUAUGGUCCACUACCAGGUGCUAGAAGAUACGCUGAAUUGCUUCAUUUAAUCGAAUUUUGCUUCAAAGCUGGAAAAAAUAUAAGUGAUUUUUUCAAAUAUUUGGUUUAUGUAUUAGAUCGCGGGCGUUUUGAAAAAGUAAUGCCUGAACCUCUAAUUGAUCUUUGUCUUCAAUGCAAAAAUGUGAAAUUGCCAGACCUUACAGAAUAUUUUUAA